CAUGUCGAAGUACGUACUGAUCGUGUUGCUGGCGCUGGCGGCCGUGUGCGCCCUGACCGAGGCUCAUCGGAGACAAAGACCCACGAGACCAGGUCGUAGGGUAGUGGACCGACAGCCAAGGCUGGCAUGGAGAGUCCGACAGUUCAUGCAAAAGUUUGGGCUUGAUGACUUCAGCUUUGAUGUGGACAAACCAGGCUUUCAAUUCAGUAUUAACUUCGGUGGCAGGAAUGAUAACUGGUGGGAGGGUCCGAACGUAUGUGAAACGAAAACGACUGAUGAACCCCGUGAGGACGCAGAAGAGGUUUCGUUGGACGAAGAAAGUCAACGUCAUACAUACGGCGUAUCAGAAUUAUGUGAUGUCUCACGAACCGUCUACAAAUGUACAAAAACUAAGUCUGUGAGAGGAAUCGAUACCAUCACAGUCUUGGCAAAGAAAUGUUGUAACGGCUUCACCAGGAAACCAUCUGACUUCGGAUGUCCGAAAGAGGUUCACCUACAAGAUCUCAACAGCACCGCGCACAGUCUUGGACUACAGGAGUUCUUAGAAACUGCCAACAAUGUAGACCUUACAGAGUCACUAAGGACGGGAAACUUCACAGUGUUUGCACCAACAGAUGAUGCCUUCAGUGAAUUCGGACAGGUCCUGCCGCCCUCAAGCGGGAUCGAUUUGGAUAUGGGAUCCGUUUUGAUGUUAUCCGAUUCGAUGAUAGAAGAUCUGACUGACAAGAUAGCUGGUGUAAUGUUGGGGCACCUUGCAGUUGGCGCCAUCCCAACUUCGUCAAUGUAUGACGAACAACUGAUCGAGACACUCAGCCCAUUCAACUCAAAGAUCCGCAUCAACUUUUAUGAUAACACCGGUACCAGGAUCAUGUUGGCAAACUGCCAAAGAGUGACGUCAGCCGACAACAUGGCAAGAAAUGGCGUCAUUCAUGUGGUGGAUCAAGUCUUGACCCCCGUCACCAAGUCCAUUAUUGACAUUAUUUCCAAGGACCCUAAUCUCAGCUUCCUCAAAACUGCACUUGGAAAGACAGCACUAACCUCGUCGCUUCGGGAGGACGGCCAGUUCACCAUAUACGCACCAACUGACGCGGCAUUCCGUAAGCUAGACCGGGGCCUGCUCGAUAGACUUUUCAACCGAUCGGCAUGUCUCAAAAAGGUGUUGCAGGACCAUAUUCUUCCUAACGUGAUUUGCUCAGCUGCCGUGCAGGGUCAGUCAAGAACACGGACAGUAUUGAAUACAUAUCUGCAUCUGACACGGGACGAGGACGAUAAGCUGUUUGUACAGGACCAUCAGGUGGUAGCCUCAGAUAUCAUGGCGACCAAUGGCGUCAUUCACCUCGUCGACAGCGUCCUAUUCCUUGAUCGCGUUAUGGGUGUGCUGGACGUGGUCGAUAACAAAGUGCCGAACUUCACGGACUUAGUUCGUCUUGCAGGCUUGGAGGAACGUUUACAGAAUGCUGAAGACAUUACAAUUUUCGCUCCAACAGAAAAGGCUCUCUUAGGUCUCGACCCAGACGUGCUGGAGGUCCUGAUGAACGACACGUCAGCCUUGAGGGAUGUCCUGAAAUAUCAUGUUGUUACUGGUGUUUACACCACCAAAUCGUUCUAUAACGACCAGCGUCUUGACACUCUAAAUGACGACAAUCAAAUUCGCAUCAACAAGCACACGAAAAUGCGACGUGAAUCUGCCGGAAUGGCUCAGUGUGUUCCAAUAGUCAGCAGUUCCGCUAGGAUUUGUAAUGGUAUUGUCCAUUUCAUUGACAAGGUAUUGAUUCCUCCCCGUUACAGUAUCAUGCAAAUCCUCCGCCGUUACGCUCGCUUCUCCAAGUUCGUGCAGUUAAUACAGCAGACGAAUCUGGACCAGACGCUAGAUGAAGACGAACCAUUGACUGUCCUAGCUCUUACUAACGAGGCCUUCGACAACUUACCACGUGAUGUAGCUGAUGUCUUACAAGGAAACGACAUACGACAGAUUGAAAAACUGGUUUACUCAAAUGUUAUAAGAAGGACCAUCUGUUGUCAUGCCAUCCAGAACUGGUUCUUCAUGAGAAGGUCGCAUGUAUGGACCCUUAAUGGGGAUGUUUUGACUGUGAGCUCCAAGUAUGGCAAAACGUCUGUUGGCCGUGCCACCGUGACGGAGUGUGACCUGACUGCCACAAAUGGGGUAAUCCAGGUUGUCGAUGGAUUCGCUGCUAGUGUGAAAAGAUGGGACUUCUGGUGGUGGUGAUUUUUCUAGCCAACCCAUCACCUGCCGUAUCAUUGCUUAUCUCCCCUGUAUCUCCAUUCCGAUCUCUUCAGGAUUACUUCCAUAUGCACAGCGGAAUACACGUCGUUACGUACAAGUGUCCAUAUGUCGUUUUGUCCUCUUUACAUUUUAUGUGACUUCACUAUCAUUUUUAUUUUUCAUUGUUAAGUUUGAGUCAGAUAUUUUCUUCAGUAGUGCUUAGUGUUCUUUUUUCUUCACAAAUGAUCUUUGUAUUUUUUCAAAUAAAAAGGAUUUUAGUCAUUGCAUAA